GACCUACUUUUUGUAGACACAUAAAGCACACAACACAGUCUGUCUGUACACAGGUCAGUAGUGCACUAUAUAGAUCUACAUCUAGUAUUAGGAAUAGAUUGUGGCAAUCUUGUGUAAUAAAUAAAUGAUUUAGUUUACUUAAGAUAAUUAAAGGUCACUAUCUGGAACUUCGCCAAACAACUAGGUCACUUGGAGAACGAUACACUGCUUAACAAGAGGAGAUAAUCUCUCAUUAUCGAAGGGUGAUAAUACGUGACGACCAGGAAAACACUCAUCGAGUAAAACAAUACCUCGGCCUGAUGACCUUUUGGCUCCAUCAGCUGUAAACCUGGAUGUUCCUAGAUUAGAAUACAUCAAGAAGAGAUGAGUUCUGUUUAGUAUCACCUACAAAAUAACAAUAACACCUGUCUCUACCCGUAACAUCUGGGACAUUUGCCUGCUGAUAUGUCUGUCUGUAUUCUUAAUUACGGCCAUUUGUUCAUUUACAUUUUGUUUAACUCAAGAAGACAGUCAUUUUCCCAUUAGAGAUGUGAGCGCCUAACCCAGCUCGCGGCCAUAUUGGAUGAGACCUUAGAACAGAAUAGCCUAAGCACCAUGCCUAAAUUACAGUCCGGUUGCCUGGGUUACAGAAGACGCCGUGACUCCGAUUUUGAGGAGGUGGGGCCUGAUGAUGACGAGUCCUUUUUGGUUAGCAGGGAUGAGCAAGAUGGUGUGGAUAACUGUUUCAGGCCUUUCACCUCUCAAAGGAAUCGUGGGACUGAAAAGGAUACAGCCAAUGAACGAACGGAUUUAACCGGAAGUCGACAGAGGCGUAAGCAGAAGCGUAAAAAGGCGAGAAAAGAGAUGCGUAAGAGAGUAGGCCACGCGAUCCAUUCCUCCUGGAAGUGGUUCAAGAGAGGUGUUGUGGCAUUGUCUCCGGCCAUGACCUCCAUGUUGAUGUUCGCGCCAUCUCCCGCCAACCUGAUCCAAGCGACAGUGGCAGCCAAGCGUGAAGGCAACAACAAGCCCACGUUUCUCUAGCAGACGUGAUCUUGUCUAUAACAGUGACCUUCAAAUAUGUUUCUGUAAAAAAAAAAAAGACAUUUUUUUGUUUACAUUGCAAUAUUUUAUAUCGAUGUAGUUGUAUAAAUGGGACCAAUGAAAUUCAUGUAUAUAUAUACACAUUAGUGUGAGUCUCGUUGUACCAUAACUGAUAAUGUAAACUUUUUUUUUAACGAAUUAAAACAUAUAAACAGAGAAAAAGAAACUUUUGUUAUGUUACAUAAAGAUAUAGGCCUUGUCAGUUUGUCAUCGAUUUUAUUAACGCGAAGAACGUUUUCCUUUCUGGUAACUUCUUUGGUUGUUUUGUUGUCUCUGUAAGCAUGGCAGACAAAUUAAAAUAAGGCCGAGAAUUGAAAUAUUGAAAUAAUAAUAAUGUUCAUAUUACUCCAAUGCAUUAUACUUUUAGUUUAAGUCUAUCAACGUAUGGGAUGGGUUGCCUGAGCCAGACAGGAAAACCAGUGACUUGGCAGAAUUUAGGUCAUUGGUUAACAUGCAUGACUAGAUGCAUGACGCGUAGGAGGUAAUCAUCUUCUUUUUUGAAGUGACGUCUGUAUUCUAUAAGAUAAGAUAAGAUCAAUGUGGAAAUGGGGGCAGCCAGAAAUAGCCUACAUUUAGAGACAGCGAGGAACAGAUUGAUUCUGCUUUAGAAACGGUAUGCACCUAGCCAUCUAUUCAUUGUUAGGCUAAGCCUAGGUCAGCGAAAAAAAGAAUGGUGCAAAAAUGCGGAAAUGCUUGAUGGCGGCCUAAUUGUGUGGUAUACACUCAUUGGCGUAGCUAGGGUGGGGAUCCAAAUUCGAAAACCCCCCCCUCCAUCGGAGGGUCCCCCAAAUGAUUGUCGGAAAUUUGUUUUCACAUUAAAUUACGCCAAAUAUUUCAUCUCAUGAUGUCGAAUGUCAAAAUGCAGGGGCUCCUAAAGAGGUCAAGCCCCCCCCCCAACCCCAAACCCCUAGCUACGCCACUGCAUACACUGAACCCUGCCAGCAGUCAUCCCUUGUGGUCCUGAAAGAGGUUUGGGCUAAGAUGGUGUCUUCAUUUCUAAAAUAAAUUUAAAAAAGGGUCUGAAACCUUACAAGUCAAAUUGGUCAAUUUACUAACCAAAAAAAAGCAAAAAAAAAAAAAAAAAAAACGUUGGGAGCACUGGAAAAUGAGUCAGGGAAGGGCGUCUUCUUCAGAAGUGUCCAAACAAUAGCGCACUAAGAGAAUGGAAAUUAUUUUAGACCAAGACCUAACAUAUCUUGAGACAAAAACACAAGCCAUACGUAUUACAAAGUAGAACGCUUUGGCGACACACGUUUCGGCGUCAAAUAUUGUAGAUAUAAAGUAAUAUCUAUACUAUGUUAGAUAGCUAGUUUAGUUAGUUGGGUGGCGCACUUUAAUGUACUGACAGUGAACGGAUAUUUUAGAAUGACGACAUAGACUUUGGGGUUAGAGGUUAAGAUUGACUAAUAGAAAUCAGUUACUGCGAGACUCUGAGGAGAUAACAUCGUUUUAUAGUGACAGACUAGACUGUGGCCCAUUCUGUAAUAAACGUUUGUUUGAAGUUCA